UGCGUGUAAGGACCCAGAGGGCAGUGUGCGAAGCAGAGACGCCUGCCAUGCUCCAGAUCACCUGGCGCCCGGAGCGGGUGACCUUUGAAGAUGUGGCUGUGUACUUCACCCAGAAUGAAUGGGGCAUCCUGGCCCCUGCACAGAGGGCCCUGUACAGGGAGGUGAUGCUGGAGAAUUACGCAAACGUGGCUUCCCUGGCUUUUUCGUUCACCAGACCUGUUCUGGUCUCUCAGCUGGAGCGAGGGGAACGGCCAUGGGGCCUUGAUCCCUGGGAAGCUGUGGGCAGGGAGGCCCUUGGAGGAGUCUGUCCGGUGGGGGAGAUCAGAACUGACAAGGAAGAAUCAACUCCUCAGGAACACAUUUCCAAAGAAGUGGAAUCCCACAGACUGACAGUCAGAGGGCCGCCAGGGAACGUGCCCCAGGACCUGGACUUUGGGAGAUGCCAGGAGCAGCAGCACAGCCAAUGGAUACUUAAGAAGACAGAGUCAAAGAGGAGAGAUUAUACAGACGCAUCAACCAGGCAUCAGGAGGCCUGGGCCAUCAAGAGCAGGGAGAAGCGUGAGAAAUGGGGAAAAAACAUUAGUGUUAGCGCACAACUCUCUCCUAACCAGACAAUUCCUAGUGAUCGGAUAUCUUAUAAAUGUGGAAAAUGUGACAGAGACUUCACUCAAAUGGCGGACUUCCACCAACAUCAGAGCCGUCACACUGGUGAAAAGUCUUUUGAAUGCAAAGACUGCGGAAAAGACUUCAGGUAUAACUCCUUACUUCUCCGGCAUCAGAUAACCCACACUGGAAAGAAACCAUUUAAAUGCAAAGAAUGUGGGAAAGGUCUGAGUUCAGACACAGCCUUGAUUCAGCAUCAGAGAAUCCAUACCGGAGAAAAGCCCUACGAGUGUCAGGAGUGUGGCAAGGCCUUCAGCAGCAGCUCUGUCUUCCUCCAGCACCAGAGGUUCCACACUGGGGAGAAACUCCAUGAAUGCAACGCAUGCUGGAAAACUUUCAGCUGUAGCUCAAGUUUCAUCGUCCAUCAGCGAAUGCACACCGGGGAGAAACCCUAUGAAUGUAAAGAGUGUGGGAAGCGAUUAAGUUCCAACACAGCCCUGACUCAGCAUCAGCGAAUCCACACCGGGGAGAAACCUUUUGAAUGUAAGGAGUGUGGGAAGGCCUUCAAUCAGAAAAUCACCCUGGUUCAGCAUGAGCGCGUCCACACUGGCGAGAAACCUUAUGAGUGUAAGGUGUGUGGGAAAACCUUUAGCUGGUGUGGAAGAUUCAUUCUGCAUCAGAAAUUGCACACACAGAAGACAUCUGUCCCGGAGUAA